UCAUACUGUGAUGUCUGUUCUCCAUCGAACAUUUUUUUGACAAGUACAAUCCUUUCAUUAGUAGAGUGAUAUAACAACAUAUAAGUUCCAAAUACACUUUUUUGUCUCAUUAAACUACAUUUAAACAUUGUUUUACGACUCAACUUAUCUGUUAUUAACCGCGAGCCAAAGAUAAUAAUCAAAAACAAGCCAGCUUGCCGGCAUUUUGCAGUAACAAUAAACAAACGCACACAAGAUUCGUGAUAAAAUUUACAGUUUGAGUGCUUUCUAAUUCCAAAUCGAACUCGCUGCGACGAGAGAUGUCAAGUGAUUUGGCUCAGUUGGUCUAUAAUCGUCAUUGAAGAAACACGUCAUUUGAGUUGCUGAUUUAUUUCAAGCCAUUUUUCGUGCAAACCAUUGUCAAACAUUGCGUCGAGCAGAAGAAAGUGUGAUAGAAACGAAAAAUCGUGACAAAAACAGUGAUAAAAAAACUUAUUGAAAAACAGUCGAGUACAGUUGGUGUUAAAAAUGCCGGCAUUCAAAUGCAAUUCGUGUUUUGUCACGUUGAAACCAUUGGCACCAAAUGAAAGGUGUUAUUUUACGAAAUGUUCGCAUCUUUUAUGCAUUAAUUGCACAAAAAAUUCGGAGCCAAACUGUGGAUACUGCAAAGAACCGACCAAAUUCAUGACAGUUCGUGAAGACAUGCCAACGCGAUACCGAUCUUUGUUCGAAAAUUCGGCCCAUGAAGCCAAAGAAAUGAAAAAUUCAUGGAAAUUCAUGGCAACUCACAGCGAAGUGACUAUGCUUCAUAUGAACAAACUAUUCGACAACGCCAAAAAUGUCCACCGCAAAAUUCAACUCGAAACGAAAAAGGUGGAUAAAGAGAUAGAAAAAACGAACGAAAACAUCGCAAAAUUGAAGAUCAUCAUUGGACGCGCAGAAAAAGCAAGACGCGAACAAGAGGAGCUGGACCGAAAAAUCGAAGAAAUUGAUCGAAAGCGACGUGAAAGGGAAAUAGUGGAGAAGCUAUUGCGAAAAAAACGGCAGCAAGCAGCGCGGAAAAGAUCAUCGCCUGAAAAACAAAAAUUCUACAUGUCACCGAGUCAGUACCGAAAUGCCCCACCUCAGUCGCCGCGAACAUUGGACGCUUCAAUUGUUGAAAGUUCGAGGUACUUCAAUCCACCAAGUGACCGGUCAUACGUCAGUAAUUCAUCUACUUGGCAUUUCAAAUAAUCGAAACGAACUCUACAACCCACCCAUCAAAAAAAUGAUUUUCCCACCUGGCCAACCGACGAUCAAUUCCAAUCAAUCGAUUUUACGCUGAAUCAAUCGCUUUGAAUUCAUUUUCAUGAUAUUUGAUUCCAAUGAUCUUAUUUUUCAAUGAUCUUUAUUUAGUUCAAGUUUAACUUUCUAUGAAAGGUCUUAUUAUGAUCAAAAUAUCACUUAGUUGUGACUAAAAGAAACACAAAACAAUUUUUAUUAAGAUGAAAAUGUUCAUUCAACAUUCAAAAAGUUAAUUUCUCAAGGAAGAAAUUGUUAUUUAAUAUUAUCGCUUAAAAAAUUUAAACAUAAAGACAACAUUUCCCUUCAACUACAAUGAAUUUCGUUCAUUAAACGAUAGAAGACACACAAAAAUGUUGAAAAAACUCACAAAAGAUAAAAAUCCAUUCAAAAAAUCAGUAUUCAAACCAUA